AUGAAACAUGCACAAGCACCUGCAAAUUUACAUGCAACUGCUACUGAAACGGUAACUUUUAAGGAUACUACAAUUACAUAUGUAAAUAAAAAUGCAUUAGCAACUGCCACUGCAACAAGAGUAGAACCUGGAAAAAAACAUGUUUCAGCAACUGCAAAUAAAACUGCAACUACUACGGCAAAAACACAUGCCACAGUAACUAAAAUUUCAUCGGAACUUGCUACUGCAACUACAACUGCAACAAAAACUUCUUAUAAACCUGCAACUGUAGCUGCCUUAGCAGCAGCUUUCUCUGCAACUAAAACUGCAACUGCUACUGCAACUGCACAUGCACCUGCCACUAACUACGCAACGGCAACUUCUACCGCAACAGCAUAUGAUAAUGCAAUAGCAGUUGUUUCGAGAAAUGCACACAAACCAACACCUGCAAAUGCAACGGUUACAACAACUACAAAGAACAUGAAACUACAACUCUUACUGCUACAGCAACUUUAA